AAGGAGGAGGAGGAGGUGGGGAAAGACCUGGAUGAAUUAACAGACUCAGCAGCAGCUGCUGCUGCAAUUCAAGGAGAGACACUGUCAUUCCCUCCACUUGUCUCACACCCACUCCUCUGAAGAGAGGGACAGAUAGAUGCACGGACGUACAGGGAGAAGGGCGAGGGGGAGCUGUCAGGGGUGCUGCCCAAGGAGCCAGAAGCCACUGAGGAGAGAAGGAUGCCUGCCGGGCGGAAGAACAUGAGGAUGCCCAGGAAGAGGGGAGAUACUUGUCUGCAUCGCAGCUGCUUUGCGGAUCUCUUUGGGCUGGAGUCACUCAGUUGGAGCCCUGUUGCUGCCUGCUGGGAGGGAGACUGGGAGUGAAAGAUAAACCAGCAGCUGAUACCCCAGGACUCCAAGCCCCUCCCUUUCCUCCUGGAUCUCCUCCCCACCCCAUCCCCCGACAUCCCAAUCCCACUGGCCUCUCCCAGACUGCAGAAAUCACAGCCUUAGAAAGGGCUCAUUUCCAGCCUUAGUUUCUCCUGAUUGUCCCAGGCACAAGCCACUCAAGGAGUCUAUAUUGUUGGGCUGAUGUUGAGGCCUCCAGGAUUUUGACCAUCAAUGCGGAUAACCUAUUAUCUGGAUUUCAAAUGCUGUUCCUCUGCUCGGGCACUAAACAGACCUAAAUGACUCCAGGAAAAGGCCCUGUGGCUUCUGCUGAAUUGGAGCUGGAUUUGCUUUGCAACUAAAAUAUACCUUUGGUUUCAGUGGAGUUAAAUUCCUUGGCCUGGCCUCAUCUCGGCUUCAGCGAGAUGGGCAUUCAUUCCCAGCAGACAAACGCAUGAAAGGGAAUGAGGAAGUUUUUUUUCAUGGGCUCAAAUCAUUGUCCCAAGGGUGUUAAUGAACUGGAAGAAAAAAAUCCCUGAUUUUAGUUGCUUUCCUCCCAUUUUUGAUCACUUGAUGGAUCAAUAGAAGGUGUAGACUGAUGGAUACAGCUACGUUUCUUUUUGCUCUCCACUUCAUACCCUUUAAAGAGUGACGAAUGGGCUACUAAAGUGCUGUCCGAGGAGUCAGGACCCUGUCGUUCCUGGCCCACCCUUCAUGGUGCAUGGUGUGCUAGUGACUGUGGCCCUGGCACUUGAUAGACAAUGGCUUUAAGGCCCGGGCUUCUCCUGCAGCCAGCAUGUAGCCACCUUCAGGCAUGAAUGACUCCCACUUACUCCUUCUUCUGCCUCCAUGCGACAUGUUGCUCAAGACCAACUAAAAUGGGCACAGGCUGCACUUGGCUGUGGGGAGAGGGGCCCAUGUCCCGCUGCUCCUCUGCCAUGCUCCUGACUCCUUUCCUGAUUGCCAUGGCAAUGGCCUUCUCUGAGGCCAGUGCUAGCUGUCCCGUCCUCUGCACCUGCCGCAGCCACGUGGUGGAUUGCAGUGGGCAGAGGCUCUUCUCGGUGCCCCCUGACCUGCCCCUAGACACCAGGAACCUGAGCCUGGCGCAUAACCGCAUCACCACUAUCCCACCGGGCUACCUCACCUGCUAUGCUGAGCUGAGGGUGUUGGACCUAAGGAAUAACUCCCUGGCGGAGCUGCCCGCCUGGCUCUUCCUGACUGCCAAGCGGCUGGCCCACCUGGACCUGAGCCACAACAACUUCAGCCAUGUGGCUGCUAAUAUGUUCCAGGAGGCCAACAGCCUGGUGAGGAUUGACCUGAGCCACAACCCGUGUCUGCGAAAGUGCACCCCCAGGCUUUCCGGGGGGCUAGCCCAGCUCCGUGACCUGGACCUCAGCCAUGGGGGGCUGUCCUUCCUCAGCCUGGAAGCCCUGGAGGAUCUCCCGGGUCUGGUGACCCUACAGAUCGGGGGCAACCCCUGGGUGUGUGGCUGCACCAUGGAGCCACUCCUGAAGUGGCUGAGGAAUCGCAUCCAGCACUGCACCUCAGAUUCCCAGCUGGCCAAGUGCCGUGCCCCACCCGAGGUGGAGGGAACCCCCUUGUUCUCACUGACAGAGGAGAGUUUCAAGGCCUGCCACUUGACCUUGACGUUGGACGAUUAUCUCUUCAUUGCCUUUGUGGGCUUCGUUGUCUCUAUUGCCUCCGUGGCCACCAACUUCCUGCUGGGCAUCACCGCCAACUGCUGUCACCGCUGGAGCAAGGCCAGCGAGGAUGAGGAGAUAUAGAGAACCAGGACCAAACCCAAUGCCAAAUGCCACCACAGCUUUCCAGAUUAUGUCCUUCGAUCUCGCCACCACCGGAAAGUAAGGAGGCAAAAAAUCUGUCUGUGUGGGACAGAUCCCUUUAAGGAGUUGGUUUUUAUGUGGCUCGCAGAAAUCUCUGCAGCUGAUCCAAACAGGGCUAAGAAAUGAGAAGCCUUUAAUCACAGGGUACAUUUACAUUCCAUUCUCAUUCACACAUAAACCCGGGCACACACAGACUCCUGUCGUCUAGCUGUCAAGAACUGGAAAGAGCACAUAGGUAAUGUAGCAGUUUGCUCAUCAGAAUCAUUUGCCCUCCCCUAGCCUUAAGCCCCCUUAAUGGAUUUCCUACACGUCUUAAAAAGAAAUGCACUUCUACUCUGGAAAAUGACAAUGUGAGAAUGACACCUUCUGACUCAGGAGAUCUGUCCCCUAGGUGCAUCUAAUCAGCCAACUUUAGUUGCUACAAUAAACUUUGGCUAUGCAAAGUCAGUACACAAUGGAUUCCGCUCCACAAAGGAAUUAUUAACUUACUUUGGUAAUGCAGACACGCCUGGGUGGGUGGGUGGUUGGUAGUGGGGGUCAAAUCACAGAACUCUGGAUCAUCUCCUUCCAGCUCGCUUAGCCACCCCAUUUAUAGCAGCCCCAUCAAACUCUAGUUAGCCUAGUCACCACCAGAGGGGGACAGAGCCCCAAGUUGAGCAGGUAUUGCUUAUACUUCUCUAUGGUUAGAUACUUAUCUGCCCCUUUUACUGUAGUACCUGAAAACCUCACAAUCUUUAUCAUACUUCACAUCAUCCCCGUCAGGCUAGGAAGUACUAUGGGUGGGAAGCUAAGGCAUCAGAAGUUUAAGUGAUUUGCCUAACAUCAAAGAGGGCUCAACUUGCAGAGGAGGGAAUUGAACCCAUGUUUAGUAAACCUUGAUGGCAGUGGGGGUGGUGCAGACAUCAUUGAGGGCAUAAUAUGGCCCACAGGAUCUUCCCCACUUCCCAGCCAUGUGAAGAAGCCAGUCCAUGUGGCUUCUGAGGGAAGGGUAGGACCUCCUCGCAGGACUAACAAAGUUUCAGAAGAAGGGGGAAUGGGUCCCAAAGAAACAGAAGCCAACAAGUCAUGCAGGACAGAUGAAAGGUGCAAGGAUGAAAGGAGGCUGAGAUGGACAAUAAAAGAGAUCCAGAGGGGGAACAUGGAGCAGAGAAUCCUGGAGAGCGCCCAUUGAUCCAAGAAGAGAUUGAGGGACCCAGUGGAUGAACUCUGGAGUGAGGGCAAGGAAAAUGAAAAGACCCCAGCUUGACUCUUAGAUCUUAGAGAGGCUGAGCUUACAAAGCUGGCAGUCAGAAGAGCUUAUAAACUGAGCAUGUGACACAGCCUCACCUUUCCGGAGUAGACCUGCUCCUUGAGUUUCAUUUUUUUCUUGUGUGUUCAUUGCAUUUAGGUACAGUACAUUGUGUGUGUGUGUGAUUUAAUGAGUGCCAAGCUCAGAGAAUCAGACCCUGGCUGAGGGAAGGAGCAGCUCCCAGCCCUUUGCAUGCCUGCUGCUGUCAUUCCCUAGCUGCUGUGUCUGAGGGCUCCUCCAGUCCAAAUGCAGAAUCAGCUGAACCAGAACACAAAGGAUAUUUUUUUUCCCCACACCUCUUGAAUUCUAAAUGGGCCUAGGCUCCAAUGCCCGGUGUCAAGGAUAGUCUUUGAUGUCUUAGCCACAUUACAGCACUAGAGAGUCGAGACCCUCACCACUGAGGCAAUUGCUGGCAUACCUUAGGAACAAAUGUGGUGUGUUAUUUUUAACAAACCUUUUGCAGCCUAAAAAUGGCCUUUGUUUCAAAAAGAAAUAUUUUUCAUCUGUUUAUUUCUUAUGGUCAUUAAACCUGAAAACAAGACAAUUUUGAUUUCAGGUGUUUUCUUUUUUCCUCCCUCUUUUCCCUCAAUUUUUAAGUGGCAAAAAUCAAAAAAGGGAGAGAAAAAAACCUGAAAACCCACACACUGAAGAAAUGAACAUUUUCAACCCCCUAAAUUGCUCUACAAAUUUUAUAUAUUUUUUUUCAAAAUUUUCUAUUCUCAAAGAAAUCCAAUAAUAGACAUUUUUAAAAAGUUUUUCCUUCUUUUAUCCUUUUUGCUUCCUUCUUCCUCUUUUUCAGUGGGAAAAGGAGGAAAAACAAGGGGAAAGUUUUUUGUUUUUUUUAAAGGAGGAAAGAAAUCAAAACCAAAAACAUUUUUAGAACCAAACACUUUCUACAAAAAUGUAUCUUAUUUCAAAAUUUUGCAUUGUUCUCAAAAAACCAAGAGUUGAAUUUUUAUUUUAUUUUUCCUUUUUAAUCCCUCCCUUUUCCCUCUUUUCCCUCCCACAUUUCUUCAGUGGGAAAAGAGCAAAGAAAAGGAGGGAAAACAGGGAGGAUGGAGUAAAAAGAAAGGGGAAAAAAAGAUUUUCAAAACCAAACAUUUUAUAUUAAAAAUUUUGCCAAAAAAAAUCGAAACCCAUGGAAUGAAAAUGAAAUUGAAAAUUUUGAAUUCCCCCUCCAAAAAUUUGUUGAGCAUUUUUCCACCAGCUGUGUUCGGAGGGAACCCUGAGCGAAGUCUACACUACAAAAUUUUGCCAGCAUAGCAGUGUUGGCUAGGAGUGUGGGAAAAAAAAUCACCCCCCUCACUGACAUAACUAUGCCUUCAGAUCCCCCCACCCCACUCCUGUAUAGACUCAGCCUGAACCAGCAAGAGAGCUCAUUUGCCAGUUUAGCUUAUGACAUUCAGGGAGGUGGUGUUCCUAUGUCGGCACAACCCUUUUUCCUAGCAUGUGCCAAGUCUCCACAAGGAAGCUGUGCCAGUAUAGCUAUACAGAGCCGUUGUACUGUAGACUAGCCCUCUCUUUUGCCAGACCUUCAUUGGGCCUCUGCUUGUGAUGCGUAUGAGGGAUCAGCAGAGCAAAUCCUCAGAGCUGGGAUAUCCCAGUCCUGCCACCAUCUUGCAGCAGACAAUGGGGAAGCUGUGGGCGGAGCUGGAGAAAUGAGGCUUUCACAAAAACCACAUCCCACAUGGUGUUUGAGCUGGACUGGUGUGCUCUGCUUAGCUGGGGCUCUCUUCCUUCUAUUUGCCCCUCUCCCAGCAGCUGUCCUUUGCCAUGCUAAGUGUCUGUGAUUGAGGAGGGGUGGGGGAAAGAUGAAAAUCUUUCUACAGAGAUUUUAUAAACGUGAACUUUUGUACCUGUGAGAAUUUUUUCAUAAAUGUAUAUGAAUAAUAAAGAGUGAACAGUUUAACUGA